AUUAAUUUGUGAAGAGAAAUUAUGCCGGUCUUUUGAUCAUGCGCAAGGCGUAGAAUAUUGUCAGAGUGAGUUUCGUUUUCGGAUAAGUUACGUCUACUUUUCAAACAGCGAAUAUUUUCAAAGUUGAAUUGAAAUAGCGGUAUACUAAAAGGAUCCAAAAAAAAGUCGGUGAGAAUAUGAGUAUUAAAUCUUUAAUUCGCACACCUCUGAUAUUUAUAAACUCAUACAUUGGAAUCAGAAGUUUUGCAACAGUUUCAGGAUUUUCAAUUUUGCUCUGGUACUAUUUUGCAACAAUGAGUGGAAAUGAUGAUUUUAAAAGUGCAACAUCAAUUUACGAUUUUACGGCAAAAUCAAUUAAAGGAGAAGAUGUUCCCUUAUCAAAAUAUAAGGGACAUGUUUGUUUAAUUGUGAAUGUGGCAUCAAAAUGUGGACUGACAAAAACUAAUUAUAAAGAACUUAAUGAGCUUUAUGAUAAAUUUGCAGAAUCCGAAGGAUUGCGUAUACUAGCUUUUCCUUGCAAUCAAUUUAAUGGCCAGGAACCUGGUACUGCUGAUGAUAUUUGCAGUUUUGCUGAUCGAGAAAAGGUGAAAUUCGAUUUAUUCGAAAAAAUUGAUGUUAAUGGAGAUAACACUCAUCCUUUGUGGAAAUAUCUAAAAAAGGAACAAGGUGGCACUUUGGGCAGUUUUAUCAAAUGGAAUUUCACAAAAUUCAUUGUGAAUAAAGAAGGAAAAGUUGUAGAAAGACAUGGACCUAAUGUGGAUCCUAAUAAUUUGGAGCCUAGUCUCCGAAAAUAUUUCGAUAUGUAAAAUCCUUCAUUUUUAUAACGCACAAAAUUCAAUACGAAAUUGAAAACAACUAUUUUUUAAAAAAUAAUUGAAUAUUAAUAUUUUCACUUAUACACGUUUGUAAUGUAUAAUUAUUAACAUUAUAAAAAUUAAAGUUGAUUAGGAUUUAUA